UAGUAGAAUGGAGGUGUUGCAACCAUGCGUUCCAUCGAAAAAUGAACGGACUGUCUCAACUGAGAGGAGCUUGCAAACCAUCAGUAGAAAUUCGACUCUCAUUAGUGUACAUUCAUAAAUACUGUUUCCAAUAUCAGCCAAGUGUCCUAGAGAUGGAGGUAUCGACGUGAAAAGUGCAAAAAGUUGAACAAAAUCCAAGGGAACAGAGGCUUGAGAUCGAUGAAAUGACACGGUUAACGAUCUGUCGUUCAAAAAGUCCUAGUGCUAUAAUUCACUCGCGAGAAAAAUGGUAGAAUCUAAUCAUUGUUGGCGUGCGAGAAAGUGGUGUUCUUGAUAUCAUCUUUUCACGUCUGAAAGGUCUUGUCCGUUCUUGGAAUUGCCCUUGUGAAAAACGACACGCCAAAAGAUUGAAACAUCGUUGAAAGAGGUCAAACGAGAAAAUUGUGUUCACUUGGGUGUUUCCUAACCAGAUGGUGGACAAGGUUCCCAUGACGAAACUAAAAAGACAAACUCAUCCAUUCUUUGGAGCAUCAAUGGAUCUGGGUUGAGCUAAUCGUUUUGUGGAAAGAAACUUGUUGCCACAGAACCAAAGUCAACAAGAUCAGUUGAAGCUCAUUUAUCCCAAGACUCACUCGGAAGUAGACUUGUUAGUUUGGUCUGAUAUCACAGGCCUAUCAGUGAUUAGUUAAGUGACGAAUGAGGGCAAAGAAUGAGAGAGUUUUUACAUUCCUCUAAGUGAACCUUUUAUCUUGCCAAGAGAUAAGUGUCACACUCGGUGAUAGUGCUCGUAGGGACAAUAACGCCAAGGCCAAUUCGUGUUUAAAAGCAAAGACCAAGAAAAAAAUGUCGGAUCGUUACCACAGAGCUGCCAAAGACGGGCUUCUUGGGGUCCUCAAGGAGACCACUAAGAAAGACACCAACCUCAAGGAUGAAGAUGGAAUGACACCUACCCUAUGGGCAGCAUUUGAAGGUAACCUGGAGGCCUUGAAGCUGCUGGUGGGUCGAGGGGGCAAUCCAGAGAAGUGUGACAAUUAUGGCAACCGCGCACUUCACUUGGCUGCCGCCAAAGGUCAUCUCCAGUGUGUGUCAUACUUGAUCAAUUUCGGUGUUAACAUGUAUGGCUUGGAUAUUGACAUGCAUACACCACAAGAAUUGGCAGCCAUGAACGAUUGUACAGAAAUACUUCAAUACUUCGAUGCAGUCCACACCAAGGCCGAAGCUGAGGAUCCCAAGCGAGUCAAGAAACUUCAGGAACAAGCACAACGAGAUACCUUGAAACUGAAGAAGAACUUCCAAAAAGUCCAAGAUAAGGCUGACAAAAUGGCGACGAAGCAUAAAAGCACCAUCGAGAAGAGCAUGAAGAAGAUGGCCUCGCAGGAGGAAGCUGAUGAAGGGGCCCCGAUUGUCGAUAAUCGCAGGGAUUCUGUUGCCGUUCAUCAACAACAUCUAAAUUUUUCCGAGAUGGUUGGCGUUUCUGGCGGAGAUACAACGGGAACCACCAGAAGUAAGAAGCUCAUGGGAACAGUUUUCAAGAAGGCUAAUGUUAAGAAACGCGGUAUCCAAGCUGACACCUUCAAAGUCAGGUCGACGCAAGGAGACGGAAGCAAGACCAUGACCCGCUUGUCUGGACUGAGAAGGGAUUCCGAAAUCAUGUUCGUCUCGCCCAUCAAAGAAAAUGACGACGAAGUGGAUGUUCCAGCCCCACGCCUGGCAUUACGAAGGGAUACCUUUGGAAUCUUUGAGCGCCCUGGCUUUGGCGAGAUGGCGUUUCGCCGAGAAAGCAUGGCUGCCACUCUGAUGGCUGUCAGCAAUGAUGUCGGAAGUGAUGGUGAGAGGGCCAGUUCCCGACAUAGUCGAGAAGAUCCCAGUGACGGGUCCGACGAAGAACCUUCGGACGGAGCCGUGGAUGAUGCCAUAAGCCUUUUCCUGGCUGGAUUAGGAUUGUCCUCGUACAUUAGCGUGUUUCAAAAGCAAAAAAUUGACCUCGAGACUCUAAUGGAGUUAAAUGAGCAGAACCUGAUGGAGAUGGACAUGGAAAUUGGCCCAAGGAAAAAGAUUCUGAAAGCCAUCAAGGAGCGCCAAGAUGACAUGGCCAAAGUCACAAUCAUUGAAGAUAGUUCCUUGUGAUAUAGCAUGUGAAAAGCAAUUAUACCGUACUUCACUCAUGUGGAUAAUGCGUGUUUGU